AUGAACCCGUCCUACUUCCUGCCAAACGCGUACGACGAUGGACAGGGCCCCUCGUCCCGGCAGUACGACGACGGUUCUGCCUCGGAAUCAGACGCCUCUCUCUCCCCCGAACCCCUCUACCCCCACAAUCCCAACGAACACUACUCCCAUUCCCAGCCACAUCACUUCCCUUCCCAUCCCCAACAACCCCACGAAGAGCAGCGCCCUCCUCUCCAGACCGGACCAAUGGUCGCGCCUCAUCAGGAUCUGGAUUCCUUCCUCGAGUCCUUCUGGACGAGACAGAUGGACACUGUCGAGGGCGAGACGCCAGACUGGAAGAGCUACAAUCUUCCCUUGGCAAGGAUCAAGAAGGUAAUGAAGAGCGAUGAAGAAGUAAAGAUGAUUUCGGCUGAAGCACCUAUAAUGUUCUCCAAAGCCUGCGAGAUAUUCAUAUCCGAACUCACUUGCCGCGCGUGGUUAGUCGCCGAGUCAAACAAACGCCGCACUCUACAGAAAUCGGACGUGGCAGCUGCAAUCGCGUACUCGGACAUGUUUGACUUUUUGAUCGAUAUCAUCCCUCGAGAUGAUGGCGGCAAUGGGGGGACGGGUGCAGCGGGGCCCUCGGGAAACGGCCAGGGGAGUGGAACCCAAACAGGGGGCCAAGGCAGUGUGGCGCAAGAGGACGGGGUAGAGGAGGAAGAAGGGGAGGGAGAGCCAUACGAAGGUACGGAGGGUGGAGAGGAAGGCGAGGAUCUGUAUGGCGAGUAUGUGCAGGACGAGUAG